AUGGGCUUUUUCGACCACCUCCAAAAAGGAGGGGCCUUCUCGCUGCAACCGCAGAAAGCGCAGAUUCGCAAAGUCGUUCAGACGCGACCAGCAGCACCUGCAAAGUCUGCGACCCAGACCCCGGAAUCCCGAUCGCCUCGAGUUCAGUCCUCGUCGGAACGGAGUCGCAAGACGCACGCCCUCAAAGCACGAUCGGUCUCGAGUGACGCAGAUGUUCGCCCCUCCAAACGACUCACCACGCCGAGUCGUCCACGCAAACGCCCAACUCCCGAAACGCGUUUAUCCAGUGAUGACGACGCUAGUGACACGGAUACCUCUUUCGAGGUGCGAAAGCGCGCGCGGACGAGCGCGAGUGCGGAGCCUGACCCAGAGCGACGCAUUCGCUCCGUGAAGGCAUUUUCGGAGGAGGCUUCGCGGCCUUUCAAGAUGGUACAUGCAGUCGAUAUCACGUCGGGUCAGAAGGCUGGAAAGUUCAAGCCAGCAUUUGGUGCCGAGGGCAAGCGUAGAGAGAUUCUUCUACAGUAUCCUAGUGCUUGCCACAGAGAACGAUUUGACUCUAUGGUACCAAAAGACAACGACGACUUCCGGCCCAUAGACGAUAUCAUCCAGGUCAUCGAGACCGUCUCCGACAACUACAUUCCCACCGAAGAUGCCGAUGAAUUCACGAACGAGACCACUGGAAUCAAGCGAAGAUUGCGCCGAGCCUUAGCGGUAACAUCUGAGACACAAUUUCGUGAAGCUAUCGAGGAUUAUAAUAAGGCGAUCGAUAAAUUACGCAGCAGCGGCAGCCUUGCCAGACAUUUAGAUGAGACACAACGAAUGGGCCUUCCUUGGGUCGAGCGCAUUCUCACUCAAACUUAUGCGCGCACAGUGUCUCCUCGGGUUGAGUCUCUCCGGCAAUAUGAAAACGGCACAGAUAACGUAUACGGUGAACUACUUCCGCGGUUCAUCAGCAAUAUUUUUAAGGAGACAAAGUUGAAGUCUGGCCAAGUCUUCGUCGACCUUGGCUCUGGAGUAGGAAACGUUGUUCUUCAGGCGGCCCUUGAGGUUGGUUGCGAGAGUUGGGGCUGUGAGAUGAUGGCCAACGCCUGCGAUUUAGCAGAGCUGCAGCAGGCUGAGUUCAAGGCACGGUGCCGGCUCUGGGGCAUCGCACCGGGCAAGACACAUCUUGUUCGAGGCGACUUUCUCGAACAAGAGAGUAUCAUCAACGUUUUGAAGAGGGCCGAUGUUGUCCUGAUUAAUAACCAGGCAUUCACCCCCCAACUCAACAAUGAGUUGAUCAACCAUUUUCUCGACAUGAAGGAAGGAUGCCAGAUUGUUUCGCUUAAAUCUUUUGUUCCCGCCGGCCAUAAGAUUCAAUCUCGCAAUCUCAAUUCUCCUAUCAAUCUUCUCAAAGUCCAGCAGAAGAACUACUGGUCCAACAGUGUCAGUUGGACCGACGUUGGUGGCACUUAUUUCAUUGCCACCAAGGACAGUUCCCGACUGAAAGCCUUCUUUGACGAUGGUCUAUAA